GACCCCAAGGACGGCCUGGAGUGCGAUUACUUCUACUACGACGAGGCUCAGUGCAAUAUCCCGAACCUCGGUACCCUGACCCCGUCCCACAGCGCUCUCGUGGACAAUCUCUACAUGGAGAGCGGCAACUUCCCCAACAUUCAACAAACCAACAACUUCUGCCAGAGGUGCAAAGGGUUUCUUCUUGUACAACAAGAGGGCAACUACAAGUUCUACACCACCUCGGACGAUGGUUCGAACCUGUACUUGAACGGGGAGAAGAUUGUCGACAACGACGGCUGCCACGGUACGAGGGAGAGAAGUAGCAGCUCGAAGCUGCUGAGCUCAGGCGCUCACGAGCUGAUCGUGGACUUUUGCGAGGGCGGAGGUGGCGAGACCAUGAAGGUGCACUACGAAGGGCCCGACACUAGCAACUCCAAGGUGACGAUCCCCAAAGAAGAUCUGAAGCACGAAAAGGGGAGCGUCACAACUGCGAAG